GUGUGGGACCUAAAGUGCUAGCUGCGUUUGGUGUUCCCAAACGUAGCAUCUACAGAAUUUGGGAGUGGAGAGACGCACGGAGGCGCUAGUCUUUCGAGCCCUAGCCCCUCGCUGCCUUGCACCUCUGUGAAUCCCGAGCUUCCCCUGCACCGCCGGACCAGCGACGACACGAGGAGUCGCCGGAGCUGCGACAGAUCAGAGCGGCAGCCAGAUUGAAUCUUCAGAGGAAGAUUUUCCUUAGCGGACUCGUAUGCCAAGCUCCCCUCGAAUCCUUGUGUUGUUUUUUUUUUUUUGGAACUUAUUUGUAUAAUGUGUCUGAAAUUAUGAAUCUUGUGUUAUUUUUGUUCGUGAAAUGUGUAUGAAGUUGAAUAGUCGUGUCACUAUCAUGUCAUAUUGGUCUUCCGUGUCGUCAUUGACAAGCGUCGGCGUCGAUGUUUCUAGGUUGCACGGUUGACUAGUAGCUCCGGCGGCCACGUUAGCUUCCACUUUGUAUUUCUUGUGUGCGCGUCACACCUGAUCACCCAACUGUCCCUCCCUUUUUUAUUCCCGUUUCCCGUAUUCAAAGUUCAAACACGAAAGGUAGCAUUUUGGUUUCCAAGCACGCGCUCACCGACCUACCGACGGACGCAUAGAGAGAAAACAGGGGUUGUGAGGUGCUAGGGUUUGUGUUAGGUGCCGGUGUUCAAGUCUCCUGAGUUCGAUCUGUUCUUUUUCGUGAUCCAAAGAUCAGAAUAUCUUCUUGUUAUGGUUGGAACAGCUAUGCAGAGCUCUGUACUUGCACUUACUGAUCAAAAGGUUUUGCCUAUUAGUUCAGUGCUAAAUGCAGUUAGGGAGUUUGGGAAUGAAGGGCUUGAACAGAGCGAUCCUCUGAUUAUAACGCAAGCUGGAUAUAUAAGUAAACUUCCGGCAGAGUCAUCGUCUGUGGAUAUGGCCCUCUCUAUUUCUAGUUCGCCUGAAUUCCCUGCUGAUCAAUUUCUUGGGGAAUUAUACAGAGUAAUGAAGCCUGGUGGGACAGUUUUAGUUUGCAAGUCUUCUCAAGCUACAGAGCAGAUGGACCAGAUAGCCUCUUCUAUCGAGUGCAAGUUAUUGAUGGCAGGGUUCAUAGAAGCACAAACAGUUCAGAUGAAUUCAGUUAUACCAUCUCUCCUUCAGUCUCUUAGUGUCAAGGUAAAGAAGCCUUCUUGGAAGAUUGGGUCAUCAUUUUCUAUUAAGACCGCCAAGAGUUUACCAAAAAUCCAGAUUGAUGAUGAUAUAGAUUUGAUUGAUGAAGAUAGCCUCUUAACUGAAGAGGACGUAAAGAAACCCCAACUGCCAGUUGUUGGUGAUUGUGAAGUUGGAAGCACGAGGAAAGCCUGCAAAAAUUGCAUUUGUGGAAGGGCAGAGGCAGAAGAAAAAGUGCAGAAGCUAGGACUAACUGCCGAUCGACUGAACAAUCCUCAAUCUGCAUGUGGCAGUUGUGGGCUAGGAGAUGCUUUCCGGUGCAGUACAUGUCCUUACAAGGGUCUUCCACCAUUCAAACUGGGUGAGAAGGUAUCACUAUCUGGGAGCUUUCUUGCGGCUGACAUUUAAAGGCUGAAGUACUUGAGUUUGGCACACCAAAUAUUGCAUGGCAAGCAAAUAUUAGGUCCAGUUCAUUGUGUAAUGGAUAGAUCGAGUAGGUAUUUGCGGCACGGUUUGUAGGUGGAUGGUUUUUCUUUGCAUAGUGAGUUCUCAUUUAGGUCUUGUUGUGGACAGCCUUGAUGGGAAAUUUUUAUUAUGUCGAGAGCGUUAUUAGUUUUUCUUAUUAAUAACCGUUAACCCGUUACAUGAAAUAAGCAGAGAAUAUUUGUGACCUGUUGCAUUUGUGGUGUUAUAAUAUGAAGUGACAGAAUAGGACAUGUGACACAUUUUGC